UUUUUUUUUUGUGGAUUCAAGUGAGUGAAGGGGCUCUUCAUUAUCCUCUAGAAUCAACCCCGCCUUUUUUUUUCUUGUACCUAAACAAAAGACUUACACUAACAUGACUGCAAGUAAAGAUUGUCUCGCUGAAGCCGGCAAAACUGCUGGUAUUGCUGGUGGUGUUGGUCUCUUUGUCUCUGCCAUGCAAAACACAGUUCAAAAGCAUACAACUGGCGCCAGGGGUGUCAUCACAAGAACUGGUGGCACUGUCGCUUUCUUUGCUGCUAUGGGUGGUAUUUUCACUUUGGGUGAAUGUGCAGCCAAAGACAUGCGCAAGACAGACGAUCCUAUUAAUGCUGCCAUUGGUGGUUGUGCAGCUGGUUUAUUAGCUGGUAUCAAGACUCAUUCUUUUGCUAAAAUGGGUGCUGGUUGUGCCGCUAUUGGUGCUACCAUGUAUGCAUAUGAAGCUUCUGGCGAAUUAAAGGGUAAAUAUGCCAAAAAGACAAGAGAAGAAAAGAAGCAAUUUGAAAAGGAAUUCUUUAAACAACCUGCAACUACUGAAGAAGCAUAAAGGGAUACACAUUAUUUAAAUAAAGACAUGAUAUAUAAACCCUAUAGAGAGAAAGACGAAAAAA